ACUUACCUUGUCUAACGCACUGACUUCGAGGGAGGUCAUCACCAUGAACGGAGUUAUUGAGGCACUUCACAUUUACGAUGAUAACCGAAACCCUAUUCUAUCACAUACCUACGCAGGGAGGCCGUUGUCGGCAACUCAUCUCCUGCCCCUCUACCUAGAACACCCUCUACCGCGACCGAACCUGAUCUACCUCCCCAAUACGAGCCCCCCAACGCUCGUCUUCAGUCUGACACACGCGAACCUCUUGUUUCUUGCUACAUCGUCGACCGAAAUCGAACCCUUGUUAGUCUUUGAGUUCCUACACCGUAUAAUAGAUGCAUUUGAGGAUUUUCUUGGCGCGCCACUUCUGGCUGUCAAGAUCGAGAACAACUACGACAUAGUUGCACAGCUCCUUACGGAGAUGUGUGACGCUGGUACGAUAAGCACAACAGAACCGAAUGCCCUACGUGAAGUGGUGGAGCAAGAAGGCUGGGUUGGAAAACUACUGGGAAGCAUCAAUCUUCCAGGAAAAGCUCCUCUGGGCGCCAAUUUUUCGAAUUCAAGCACACCAUCCAUACUGCCCUCGAACUCAACCGCUUUACCAUGGAGGCGAGCCAACGUACGGCACACGUCCAAUGAGAUGUACGCAGAUAUCGUCGAAACAUUGUCAGUAACGCUUGCUCCAUCAGGAAGACCUCUCGCUGCCUUUGCCAAUGGAACGAUUGCAUUCACCUCAAAGGUAUCAGGUGUUCCUGAUAUUACGCUUAAUAUUACUAGCCCAUCAGGAAAACACAACCUCGGGGGCAUCAUGGAACUACCAGUGUUCCACCCGUGCGUGCGGCUCAACCGGUGGAAAGAGAGACCAGGCGAACUCAGCUUCAUUCCGCCUGAUGGAAGAUUUAUCCUGGCAGGAUAUGAAGUUGACUUACUGCCUUUUUCAAGCGGGAAGAGCGGAAGUCUCAGCUCCAACAACCUCAAGUUACCGAUUAAUAUGGAAGUAAAAACAGGAUUAGGUGCGACAGGGUCAGAUUUCGAAGUCCGAUUACAGGUCAACAAGAUUCUUGGAGCACCUUCGCCAGCAUCAUCGGGACUGGGAAGAGGCGGCAGUGGAGGCCGAUUAGGCGGGCCUCAUCCUGGAUCACCAGGAGCACCUUUGAUGGACGACCUCACUGUGACGAUCCCCCUCCCAGCAGAUGUCAGGAACUUAUCUGAGAUCCGGCCUAGCAAGGGCGACGCCAGCUUUAAUCCAGGAGAGAAAGUCUUGGAAUGGUACAUUCCCGCAAAGGAGCUCUCAUGCGGAACAAGCUACUUUGGACUCAGAGGUACUGUGGUGGGGCCGCUGACAGAGGAGGGUGAUGGGGGAUUCGAUCCUAACGGAUUUGGAUUUGGAACCGACUACACAUUUGACGGGCCAUAUCAGAGCGUACCUGUUGCCAAGGCGGCGCAGAACUCGGGGAGCACAGGCGACGACAAGGACGCCAAGAAGAUCGCGCAGAACAAAAUCCUGAUGCCCACAUCGGCCUCAGUAAGCUUUUCGGUCAAGGGAUGGUUGGCAAGUGGUCUGAAGGUCGAGAGUAUUCAACUCGACACACGCAAGAGUAAGGGCCUAGGAGAUAGUGUCAAGCCAUACAAGGGUGUCAAAUACUUGACAAUCAGCAAGGGAGGUGUGGAAAUACGAUGUUAA